AGUGGCCGAGGAGAGGCUGUCUGCGUUCAGAUGGAGGAUUAAGCUGGUCCCUAUCCUGACAGCAUCCAGCACCGACACGCAGCCCAAACAUCAUUCCACACCUGUCUGUCCCGUCUGUAUCAGCCGGAUCCUGCUCCCUUCAUCCCGUGCUGGCUCUCCAUCGCCGGACCGCACCGGUCCACACCCCCGGACCGAACGAACCGGUGUCCUUUCAAACCACGAGUUAGAUGGAGGAGCGAGAGAGAAGCAGAAGUCGAUCUCCACGCAGGGUCGGUCGAGUGGAGCAGGUGGUGGGAAAAUGGCUGCGCCGUUCUCGAGACUCUCUCAGCAGGGAGCGUAUUUUAGGAGGCAGGAGGUCGCACUCUGGGGAUUCGGGCCAGCAGAACUUCCCUAUGAAGGUGACAGUGGAGGUGAUCAGAGAUGCUGUCCUGGACUCCCAUGGAUUCACUCUCUCAUCACAGCACCCCCGAAAAUCUCUGCAUCAGACUGAAUUUUCACCCUCUGUGCUGCUUUGA